AUGGGAAACAUCACAUUAGAAACAGAAAAGGGAAUUGCUAUAAGUGUUAUAUCAAUUUCUAGUGUGUUAACAUCAUUGUUAUUAUUAUACUUUAUAUGUACUGUUAUUUUACAAUAUUGUAAAAGAUGUAAAAAAACUAAACAGUAUAAAUUUUUAGUACAACCACCAUACAUAACACCUAGAAGGAUAUGUCAUUUCGGUAUUUUUUGUUAUGUGCUAUGUCAAGUUAAUUUUAUUGCAUGGGAAAUAUAUUAUUAUUCUUUUACACUAUUAACAGAUAAUUUUAAUUCAUUAAUUUACAUUUAUUGGUAUGAAAUGUCUAAUUUAUUAGAUACAACAACUUUUGGAUUAAUGAUUAUGCUUACAGUAAUUGCACUGAGAUUACAAUUAGGAAGUAUGGUCACUCAAGAAAAAAGUAUUUUAUUAAAAAUAUUUGAUAUCUUUUGGACUCUUGGGAUAGCAACAUUACUAAUAGAUUCGUUAGUCCAUUUUGUUUCAUUAAUAUAUAUUAUGUUUAUUCCAUCUGAUUUAUUCUAUGAUUUAUUUGAAGUUUAUUUUAAGAUAAGAACAAUAUAUACCAAUGCAGGACUAUCUUUGUCUUAUUUUUGUUUGUUGUGUUUUAUAUUAAUGUUAGUCUUUAUGUAUCGUAUUUUUCGUGUUUAUAAUGCUCGUGAAUCAAGAGAAAUUAAGAUAAGAACAAGUAUUUGUGGAGGGUUGAUAGCUCUUUGUAUUUUAUUACGUUUUUGUAUGUGUUUUACUCAUGUUGUUCAAUAUUUUAAUGAGUUUUCAACUCCAAGUGAAGAGAAAAAACCAGGAGAUGAAUCUCAUUUUUUAAUUGGUUGGGCUGAUAUUCCUCUUAUUAUUGGACUUAAAUUUUUACCUUCAUUUUUAAUUAUAUUGAUGAUGAAUAAACCACAACUGUGUUAA